AUGGAAGCAGUCUCUAUCGUGGAACCCCAUGAAGGGCCCAAGGUGGAUUCAGCCUCGAUCAUCAGCCUCGACGUCGGCAUCAAGCUGGCCAGCAACAGUAAUAGUGAUCAAAAUCACAUUCCAAAACUCGAUCCGGUCCCGGACCAGGUUGGAGUUGAAGUUGAAGUCAAACUUCCCCCGCCACCUCCACCGCCUCCGACGAAAGCUCCUCGCAAUUCUCCACUCGAUUGGCUGUAUUAUUCAGUGCAAUAUCCCGCCGGAGAAAUCUCCGUUGACUCGAUAUCGCCAUCUAACGUUCCGGUUACCACCAAGGACGGCUUUGAGACCCUAUGCUCAUACAACUGGGUGGACGAUGAAGUUCCCACCAUCUAUGUUCCAGGCAAGUCGAUGCAGGCUAACCCAACGGAUACUCCGCCGUCCGAGUUCGCACACUGA